AUGGAUUGUUUCAAAACUUCACCAAGUCAUUCCUGGAUUUAUCCCACGGUGAUCCUGUGCUUAUUUGGAUUUUUCUCCAUGAUGAGACCCUCAGAACCCUUCCUUAUCCCGUAUUUAUCUGGACCAGAUAAAAACCUGACCAACUCAGAGAUCACCAAUGAAAUCCUUCCAAUUUGGACAUACUCUUACCUGGUGCUGCUUCUCCCCGUGUUCAUCCUCACCGAUUACGUCCGCUACAAGCCAGUCAUCAUCCUGCAAGGGAUCAGCUUCAUCAUCACCUGGCUGCUGCUUGUAUUUGGCCAGGGAGUGAAGGCCAUGCAGGUGCUGGAGUUCUUCUAUGGCAUGGUCUCCGCCACCGAGGUGGCCUACUAUGCCUACAUUUACAGCGUGGUCAGCCCCGAGCACUACCAGAAAGUGAGCAGCUACUGCAGGAGCAUCACGCUGGUGGCCUACACGGCGGCCUCGGUGCUGGCCCAGCUCCUGGUGUCCCUGGCCAGCCUAUCGUACUUUUACCUCAACGUCAUAUCCUUGGUCUCCGUCUCGGUGGCCUUUCUUUUGUCACUUUUCCUACCAAUGCCUAAGAAGAGCAUGUUUUUUCAUGCCAAACCCGGCAAAGAAGUACGGAAGCCACCGAACAAAAACGCGGCAUCAGAUGCACCUUACAAAGUUAACACAGCAGGCGGCGGAGAGAAACCCACUUCAGAAAUAGCCACCAUUUCAGGGAACCUGGAUGGUGGUCCGUCGAGCGGCCCGAUGCCACGAAAUGUAGCGUUGAGUGUUUUUGUACAGUGGUUCCAAGAUUUGAAGGAGUGCUACUCCUCCAAGCGACUUUUCUACUGGUCCCUGUGGUGGGCCUUCUCCACAGCAGGUUUUAACCAGGUUUUGAACUAUGUUCAAAUCCUGUGGGAUUACAAGGCACCGUCCCAGAGUUCUACAAUCUAUAAUGGGGCAGUAGAAGCUAUUGCAACCUUUGGAGGGGCCAUGGCUGCCUUUGCAGUGGGCUAUGUGAAAGUCAACUGGGAUCUUCUGGGAGAGUUGGCUCUAGCCAUUUUCUCCAUCGUUAGUGCAGGCUCUCUGUUUCUCAUGAAUUACACGACCGACAUCUGGGCAUGCUAUGCUGGCUAUCUGAUAUUCAAGUCCAGCUAUAUGCUUCUUAUAACCAUAGCAGUAUUUCAGAUCGCAGUUAAUCUGAAUGUGGAACGCUACGCCCUGGUGUUUGGAAUGAACACCUUCAUGGCCCUGGUGAUUCAGACCAUUAUGACAGUGAUCGUAGUAGAUCAGAAAGGACUCAACCUGCCAAUCAGCAUUCAGUUUUUAGUUUAUGGGAGUUAUUUUGCAGUUAUUGCCGCCAUUUUUCUAACGAGAAGCAUGUACAUCAUCUACUCAACCAAAUGCCAAAAGCAAGCACAGAGUUCUGCUACAAGUCAGAAUCCAGAUGAGCCCCACCCAGAGGGACUAAGGAAUGUCAUCAUGGGAACAAAACUCUAACCUUAUGGCAGCCACUGCAUCCACUGAGCAAGGACCCUCUUGGUCACAAAGUCACCGAGUGCCAUAAAUUGACACAUGUCUUAAGUCUGGAUUUCAGUGAACCUUUUCAAGACCACAACAAAAUCUCAGUUUUAGACCAGAUGCUAUGUGUCCAUCUGGAUGUAGUUGACAA